CAUAGCGGAAGGGGCAGCAUGGCCACUGGGGCGAAGCGCAGGAAGGCGGACGGGCCUUCAGGGCUUCGGCUGGAAGAGGAGGAGGAGGAGGAGGAGGCAGGCAGUGAUGGCCAGGAAUCUGACUCGGAGUUGGAGAGUGAUGGCGAGGAAGACGAAGAAGAAAUCAAUGAGGAAGUAAAUGUUGAAUUUGAAGCACAUACAAUAACUGAUGGUGAUAAAAAUGGAAUUAAAAAAUUACUGCAACAGCUAUUUCUAAAGGCUCCUAUUAAUACAGGUGAUCUGACCGAUAUAUUGAUACAACAAAAUCAUAUUGGAAGUGUUGUCAAGCAAACAGAAGUUAUAGAAGAAAGUGAUGAUGAAGAUGAUGAAGAAGUUUUUGGCUUUAUAAGCCUCUUAAACUUAACAGAAAGGAAGGGUACUGAAUGUGCUGAGCAAAUUAAAGAACUGGUCUUAAGUCAGUGUGAAAAGAACUGUGAACAGAAUGUGGUUGAGCAGCUGGAUAAGCUUUUAAGUGACACCACUAAGCCUGUGGGCUUCCUGCUAAGUGAAAGAUUCAUUAAUGUACCUCCCCAGAUUGCUCUGCCCAUGCACCAGCAACUACAGAAAGAACUAGCUGAAGCUCAGCGUACAAACAAACCUUGUGGCAAAUGCUACUUCUACCUUCUGAUUAGCAAAACUUAUACUAAUAAGAAGAAUGCUAAAAAAAAAGGAAGUGGUACCCACCAGAAAGAGGAGCUAAUGUUUUCAAAUGCUGAAGAAGAAUUUUUCUAUGAGCAAUCACUGCUGAAAUUCAGUUAUUCAGUAGAAGACGACAGUGACUCAUGUUUGGGAGGCAGAUGGUCUUUUGAAGAUGUACCUAUGAAGCCUUUACGAACAGUGAUAGUAAUCCCUGCUGACAGGAUGAGUGUCAUCAUGGAGAAGCUCAAAGAAUAUCUUUCUGUCUAAACCACUUUCUAUGCAAACUAUAUUGUGAAGUCAUCCUUUAAGACUUUGACAACUGAGUCAUAAAUGAAUAUUUUUUAAAACUAAUUUGCAUCCUUUCAAGAUUUCCUUCAUAUUGUAAAAUGUCAGCUAUACAUCUACAACAUCUUUAUAUGCCAUGAGUUGUCAUUUAAAAAUGUGUAAUCAGAAGUUUCAAAUAAUUGUCAGUAUUUAUUUGCUGCGUACUUUUCUAGUUGGCUCUUGUGUGCUGAAUAUGAUACUGUCUUCAUUUGUUCAAUUAUGAUAGACAGAAAUCUCUCAUGCGUCUAGUUGUAAUAAGUGGUGUUUCACCAUACAUUAUACAUAGAAAAGAAACAUACAGGUGGUCCUCAUUUAACGACCACUUGUUCAGUGACCAUUUGAACCUACAACAGCAUUGAACAAGUGGUAAUUACAAUUGGUCCUCGUACUUAUAGCUGUCGCUGUGUCCUGCAGUCACAUGAUCGUGAUUUGCAACCUUCUCUGCUGGCUUCCAACAAGCAAGUUAAUGGGGAAGCUGGCAGGAAGUCGCAAGUCACAGUCACAGGAGGUCCUCACUUAACAACUUGCAUGGUCAUCGCUUAAUGGCGGCAAGUGGGACUGCUGGAACUGCAGCCCAGUCACAUGUUUUUUGAUUUAAAACCAUGUUGCUUAGCAACAGAGUUUCCAGUCCCGAUUAGCAUCAUUAAAUGAGGACUACCUGUACUAAUAGAGUUUGCAGUAUGAAACUUAUUGAAUAAUGCAUCAUUAUUCAGUUGAAAUUUCUAGUUCUGUAUCAUAUAUUCUGUCUUGAUUUUCUGUUCCUUUUCUGUUUCUGAAAUGGUUGAUAAAUGAUUGAUUGUUUAAUGCAGAACAGUCUUAUUUUCACUAGCAGGCAAAUUACUGAAAUAGUAUUAAUUGAAUGUAUUUGAUUAGGUGCCACCCAACCCAUAGUGACUCUGGGCAGCUCACAGUAUGGCAAAGAAAAUAAAAUGCAAUAUAAUUCAAAAAGACAAAACCAACAAAAACAAAUAUGAUAGUACUGAAGUGCCAGCUCUGCAAAUCUGUUAAGAAAUAGAAUAAACAAAAACAAUGCAUA